AUGCUGCCGACGAGAACGUCGAGCCGUGUUGGCCAUCAAGAGGUGGCAAGACGCCUACGCGUUUUACAUUCUCGCUCGAUCAAGAACACAAGAACGGUCCCACCAGAUGGUGCUAUCAACACUCUACCACCACCUCGUCUCGACUACAAGUCAAUAAUAGAGAAUGAAGCAUACCACGUGCAAAAUAUUGCCAACAGAAAGUUACCCGGGUCUGGGAAUUUGGUCGAAAAGGUCAAAGAGCUUCACCAGCUACACAGCUCACUAGUAGCCGGCGUAAACGAAAUUCGACAGGAGAGGAAUACACUCGCUCGAAAUGUCAAGAUGGCAAAGACUUCGGAGGAUAGAGCUGCCGCCUUGCAGCGCGCAAACAGCCGGUCGAAAAAUAUCAAAGACUUUUUGGCUAUACAAGAACCUAUGACCUCUGGUGCAGAAAUUCAACUCCUUCAUGCGGGUCUCCAGAUACCAAACAUUACCCACCCCGACUCUCCUGUCGGCCCAGAGUCGGCAGCAAAGGUUCUUUCGACCCACGGUCCAGAACGGUUGCCUACAGACGCCGCUCGCGACCACGCCAAAGUUGGAAAGGAGCUGGGAAUCAUAUCAUUCGACGAAGCAGCGGCGGUCACCGGCUCGGCGUGGUAUUAUUUAAGAGGAGCAGGAGCGUUGCUUGAACAAGCGUUGGUAAAUUACGCUCUUCAGAUAGCCAUCAAGCACGGGUUCACCCCUGUCAUACCACCAGACGUCAUCAAAGCAGACUAUGCCGCUCGCUGCGGCUUUGCCCCACGAGACGAGCCUGACCAGCAUGGCAAAGUAGUUCACCAUUUCUAUCAUCUUCAAGGCACAUCCAACAACCUUGUUCUCGCUGGUACAGCAGAGAUACCACUAGCCGGAAUGUUUGCGCAGCGCACCUUCCUCGAGCGCGAAUUGCCUGCGAGGGUUGUGGCUGUCGGUCACGCAUUCCGGUCAGAGGCUGGCUCAAGGGGAGCAGUCACAAGAGGCCUAUAUCGUGUUCAUCAAUUCACCAAGGUCGAGCUGUUUGCGGUCACCGAGCAGAAUCAAAGCAGCGACAUGAUGGAGGAGCUGAGGAAAAUCCAGAUUGAGAUAUUCGGGGGACUUGGAUUUCCUUUUAGAGUACUCGAUAUGCCGACGGAAGAGUUGGGACACGCCGCCUAUCGCAAGUAUGAUAUGGAGGCGUGGAUGCCUGGCCGAGGCGGAUGGGGGGAGAUUUCGUCGACUUCUAACUGUCUCGAUUUUCAAGCCAGACGACUCCAUAUCCAAUAUCGAACAGUUCAGACAUCCAACAAGGACGGCCUCCUUCCCCAAUCAGACGAAGCUGAUAAGCGCAUUACAUUCGCGCAUACUCUCAACGGGACCGCCGCUGCCAUUCCUCGGCUCAUCGUCGCGCUGCUGGAAAACGGCGUCGUGCUCAAUCAAUCCAAACAAGUGGUUGAACUCAGACUCCCGUCCUGUCUACGGCGAUAUUGGCUUGGGAAUGACUCCCUUGGCCCCGCAGUGAGCAUUCGUUGGAUAGAUCAACCGAUUACGACCUAA